UAAUUCCCUACGAAGUGUCCUUGGCGAUAUAACGAGUAGCUGUUUGGGAUUUAACCGCUUUCACAGAGGCAGAGGAAACAGAAUCGUGAAUCCAAGAUGGCGGAUGAGCAGCAGGAAACAUCACAGGGAGAGAUGGAGGCAGGAGUAAACUGCCUGGCCUAUGAUGAGGCCAUUAUGGCGCAGCAAGACCGAAUUCAACAGGAAAUCGCCAUUAGUAUCCCCUUAGUGUCUGACAGACAGGAUCUCUCGGUGCUUCAGAGCGAGUAUGCUGAAGAGGACACAAUCUAUCAACUCAAGAUCAAGGAUCUUCAUAAAAAAUAUUCAUAUAUCCGGAAGACACGGCCCGAUGGAAAUUGUUUCUACAGAGCUUUCGGCUUUUCACAUUUGGAGUCACUACUGGAUGAUGGCAAAGAGCUACAGAAGUUUAAAGCGGUUGCAGCAAAGAGCAAACUGGAUCUUGUGAACCAAGGCUUUACCGAGUUCACUAUUGAAGACUUCCACAACACGUUCAUGGACCUGAUUGAGCUGUGUGAGAAACAGCCAGCCCUCAGAGAGCUGCUGAGCUCCUUUAAUGACCAGAGUGUAUCAGACUACGUGGUGGUUUACUUGCGACUGCUUACGUCUGGCUAUCUGCAGAGAGAGCAUGCCUUCUUCCAGCACUUCAUAGAGGGAGGACGUUCGGUCAAAGAAUUCUGCCAACAGGAGGUGGAGCCAAUGUCUAAAGAAAGCGACCACAUCCACAUCAUAGCCUUAGCGCAGGCAUUAAACGUGUCCAUAUUGGUGGAGUACAUGGACCGAGGGGAGGGUGGCACAGUUAACCACCAUAUUUUCCCAGAGGGCAGUGAGCCACGCAUCUUCCUCCUUUAUCGGCCAGGUCAUUAUGACAUCCUGUACAAAUAAAUGUGCAACUUCAGUACCAUGGUGGAGAAUACACCAGAGAAAAGGCCACGAUUAUUCAUGCAUCUCUGUGUGAUGGUGACACCAUGGUAUUGUGGAAAAUGUACAAUGAACAUCACAAAAAACGUUCCUAUUGUCAUGAAGCCCCCUAAUGAAUUAAUGAAUGAGUAAAAGUAAGCAGUGAUCCAGCAUUAGGGUUGUACAGUUUUCUUUUUGUUUUCCUUUGUGGUUGUAAAUGUUAUCAACUUGAUUUUAGUUACUGUUUUUCUUUUUUUUUGUUUUUGGUUUGUUUGUUCGUUAUGCUGCGUUUCAUGAGUUUUAUUAAAGGGAUUUUCACCUUA